AUGGUUGAUUGUAGAGUAGAAAUUAGUUUAGAAGCCAUUAAAAAAUAUAUGGAAAAAAAUCAUUAUAUCUCUUUGUAUUUUUCUCCUCAAUGGACUUCUCAGGGUGAGAUUAAAAAAGGAUAUGUUGGAACAAAAUAUUGGGACAUGGGACGCAGUAGAAUGACCGAGCAAGAGAAUGUUAAAAAGAUAGAUGCUAAAUUCAUAAAACAAGAAUAUCCAAAAGAAAAUAUAACUAAUUGUGGAGCCAAGAGUGAAACCGAAUUUGGAGGAUGGUGUUCUAAUUGUAAUAGUAAGAACUUAGAAGUAUGGCUUGAAGGCUUACAUUAUACUUGUUCAGAAUGUCCUAAGUGUCAUAAAGUUAGGGAUAUAAAAUACCAUGAUGUUCCUUCUGGUGAAGCCGAAAGGUUAAGGAGGUUAGCCAAACAAAAUUGA